UGUUAAACAUCGAUACUAAAUGGAUACCGGUUGGAGCCUACUGUACCUAUGCUUAGGAGUAGUAGAAUGCAUGCACUUGAGUCAGGAGACAUUAUCGAAUCAAAGUAACGAGAUCUUCGACUAUUGUCAACCGGAUGAGGUGUGGUAUGCAGAACUGGAUAAGUGUUGUCCUCCGUGUUAUCCGAAAUGUUUCGUGCUUACCUCUAGCAUAUCAAAUAAUACCUGCACAUGCAGACGUGGCUACGAGGACGUGAAUGGCCAUUGCAAACUUAGCUGUUACCCCAAAUGCUCUAAGAAUAGUAUCUGUACGGAGUACAAUACCUGCGUCUGCAAGCCUGGCUACGAGUGGAACCGAAGUAAAAGGAACUGUCAACCAAUAUGUAUGCCCCCGUGUGGUCCGCACGCCAGCUGCCUCGAAGCCGAUCAAUGUCAAUGCAAUGCUGGAUAUUCAUCUGUGAAUGGCACUUGCCUGCCAGUGUGCACACACGACUGUGGAAAACACGGUAAAUGUGUGAAGCCUGGGAAGUGUGAAUGCGAUGCGGGCUAUGAAUACGAUUAUAUGAAGCUAACAUGCCAGCCAAGAUGUAAACCUCCGUGUGGUACUCAUGCCAGCUGCCUCGAUGUCGAUCUAUGUGAAUGCGAUGCUGGAUAUUCAUCUGUGAAUGGCACUUGCUUGCCAGUGUGUACACCUGACUGUGGAAAACACGGUAAAUGUGUGAAGCCUGGGAAGUGUGAAUGUGAUGCGGGCUAUGAAUACGAUUAUAUGAAGCUAACAUGCCAGCCAAGAUGUAAACCUCCGUGUGGUCCACACGCCAGCUGCCUCGAAGCCGAUCUAUGUGAAUGCGAUGCUGGAUAUUCAACUGUGAAUGGCACUUGCCUACCAGUGUGCACACACGACUGUGGACCGCAUGGACAUUGCUUGGCACCUGAGAAAUGUGUCUGCUUACCAGGCUACGAAUGGCAGCAGUCGAGGUGCGUGCCCAAGUGUGAGCCGCGAUGUGGACUGCACAGCUACUGUGCGACUAGCAAUCGCUGUAAGUGCAAGAAGGGCUAUAAGCCGGACAAUAUUCAAAGUCUCACGUGUCACGUGGAGCUCAAUUGGUAUAUCUAUCUAAUAAUCGCAUGUGUUAUACUCAUAAUACUCUGCAGCUUCGGCGGUCUCAUAACGUGCUAUGUGAAGCGCCAUAGUAAUGUCAGCUACUAUCCGAAUACCAAUUUCUCGGAUAGAGAUCGAAUCGUAUCAAAUUUGGAAUUGGAAUUCAUGCGUCAUUCAUGGCUGACGUUAGGCCUAAGCCUUGUCUUGCUUCCAGGGCUGGGGGCACAAAAGGGAGCCGUGUGCCUGAAGCGAGUGCCCAAUCGAACCAACAAAACGGAUGAAGAGGUGAGUUGGAGUCUACGCGAGGUGUGCUGCAAGGGUUAUGAGGGCACACCGGGUCAGUGUCGACCCUGGUGCGAUCCCGCCUGCGUGCACGCCCAGUGCACCGCUCCACAGCAAUGCACCUGCGAUUUGGGGUACGAAACGAUGGGCGGCAUCGAGUACAGCUACGCCGGCUGCCAGCCGAAAUGCCACGCCUGUCGCUAUGGCGAUUGCAUUUCACCUGGCAGCUGCCGUUGUUGGCCCGGCUACGCGAUGCAGCGCAAAUCGCUGAGCUGCCAACCGGUGCAGCAUCAAUUGCUGCCUGCCGAGCAGUGCGUGCCACCUUGUCGGAGCAAUUGCUGGCAAAAGCUCUUCAGCUGGGGUCGCCAGUUCACUGCGCCAACCACGUGCCUCGACAUUUGUGGCCAGAAUCAGUCGGAGCCUUGUCUGCAGCUCGAUCAAUGCGUCUGCAAUGGCCUCAAUCAGCGUCUGAUCUGCCAGGAUCCUCAGCAGUCGUUGCCGCAGCAAUAUGUGUGCAGUGAUCCAACUGAUCAGACAGAUCAGACCUAUCAUGGGCUUCCGAUGGAGCUUAGCUUAGCCAGAGGAAACCCGACCGAUCGAACAUAUUCAUACUGGAAACACAAAACUGAACCUGCUUCGGAUCACUUAACUCAAACAGAUCACAUAGAUCAAUCAAUCAAUUGGCAUCAGAAGGAUAAACAGAAUUGGAUUGAGCCAACAGCGCCAUUCGAUUUGGAUCCAACAUAUGACUCAAUUGAAGCUGAUGGAAAUUCGAUAAAUCAGUUACGCAAUGCUCGACUUGUAGAUGCCAGAGAUCAUACGAUUGCAAUCCAUCAUUUGGCGCCUACUGAUCAGACUGAUCAAUUAGCUUCAACUUCGACUUCAGCUCAUGCCAUUAGAGAUUAUAUGGAGCAAUUAAACUGGACAGAUCAUAAAGACGAGAUAGAGCGACCGGACUUCGCCCUAACAGAAAUGACAUCCACCGAUUCAAUAUUUUCAUAUGAAAGGUCUGUGUCGGAACAAUUAGAUAGAAGGCUGCCGAGAAUGGAAACAAAUCGAACACUUCAAGAAGAUCGACCGGAUCUAAUUUCUCUGGCUCAUGAUUAUCAAUGGAUAGCUGAUGCCCUUCUAGAGCAACGACGUCAAGAUAUUAAUCAAACAUAUCUCAUGGAUUACAAUGAUAUGAUGCUAAAUAGAAGCAAAGAUAUCGGGCAGCGUGCACUCGUAUCGCACCUCGUCGAUCGCAUAGAGCCGCCAAUGCUUACCGAUUGGUUGGACUCGGACAGACGCAUUCAGCCAAUGCAAUCGCAUCAUAAAUAUAGCGCUGCAUCAACUACGAGUGCAGACGAUGUACAGAUAAAGGAUGAGCUUCACAAGGCUACUCUCAUAGUGGGUCUAGUCGUAUUUGGUUGUAUUCUGCUAUGUAUUAUUAUUAUUAUCGGUAUGUGUGCGAUGCAUAAGAAAAUCAAAGCGCCCAUCGGCAGAUGGUACGAAGAAUAUUUUGUUUAACAACAGUAAAAAUAGAAAUCGAAUUUCAAAUCUCUGCU